UCAAAGGAGCUGCGGUUGGCCUGGUUGGAGGAAACCGGGAUCUCACCCCAGUAUCGCAGCAUUUCUGCACAAGUCACUCGUUGUCCACAGAGCCCAGAAGAAGGCUACCUGAUACUGUGGUACAAGGGCGCCUUGUUGCAGGGAAAUGUACUCUGGGUAGCAACAAGAACUGGAGCUGGGAUGACACUCCUAAACAGACUACGGCUGUCAGGCAGGCUGUCGCUCAGUGCCUCGCUGAGCAGCGCGGUGUCCUCAGCAGCAUCAGCACCCCCAGCCCGUGUCUCGCCGUCCCCCCCGCGCUCCCUCCGCACUCCUCAGCUCCGCUCCGCUCCCGGCCGCCCUGCCGGAACUGCGUCCCGGUCCGGCACCGGGAGCGGCUCCCCCGUCCCCAGCGCUCCUCCGCGCCGGGCGGAGGGCAGCGCCCGCCGCCGUCUCCGCCUCGCCCGCUGCCGCCGCUUCCCCUGGUUCGCCCCCCACGCUGUCCCGGUCCGCGCUGAGGCCGCGGCGCGAGCCCCAGAGCUGCGCCUACCCCCGGCACUGCAGCGCCGCGGAGCUCGUCCCCGGAGGACUCCAUUCGGGUGCGGACCCGGGAACAUGGCGGAGGCCGCGGCGACGGAGGCGGCGGCGGAGCCUGCGGAGCCCACCGAGCCCGCCGCCUUCAAGCGCCCGAGCCGCCCGCUGCCCGCCGCCCCCGGGCCCGCCGACCCGGGGCCCAGCCCGCCGGGGCCUCCCCGCCCCGCCGCCGCGCCGCCCGCGCCGCGCUACGAGGAGCCGGCGUGGGGCAGCCGCCCGCCGGCCGGCUCCGGGUACGGGUUAGAGGUGCUGAAGGGCGGCGUGGCGCUGGGCUCGGUGAGGCUGGAGGACGGCAGCUGGUUCCUGGUGGGGCGGCUGCCCGGCUGCGCGCUCUCCCUGGAGCACCCCUCGGUGUCGCGGCACCACGCCGUGCUGCAGUACCGCGGCGCCGGCGCCGACCCCGACGCCGCCGGGUUCUACGUGUACGACCUGGGCAGCACCCACGGCACCUUCCUCAACAAGGCGCGGGUACCGCCCCGCACCUACUGCCGGGUGCGGGUGGGCCACGGGCUGCGCUUCGGCGGCAGCUCCCGCCUCUUCCUCCUCCAGGGACCCAAAGAGGACCAGGAGUCUGAGUCAGAACUAACUGUGACUGAAUUGAAGGCAUUGCGUAAGCAGCAGCAAGCAAAACUAGAAAAGACAAUGUUGGGAGAGGACUCUGAUGAGGAAGAUGAAAAAGAGGAGAAAAGUGAAAGGAGUCAGAACAGUGAUAUGAGCUGCUCGUGGGGAAUGGGUGAGGAUGCUGAGGAGGAUGAGGUUGAAGAAAACCCUAUUGCUGUUGAUUUUCAGGAUGUUCAAGAUGCUUUCUAUAUGAAAGAUCCUAGGAAGGCCUUACAGGGCUUUUUUGAUAGAGAAGGAGAAGAGUUAGAAUAUGAAUAUGAUGAUCGUGGGCACAAUAGCUGGCUGUGCAGGAUCAAGUUGCCUGUGGAUGAUGCAGCAGGGAAGCAGCUGGUGGCAGAGGUUCUCCACUCAGGAAAAAAGAAGGAGGCAAUGAUACAGUGCGCACUGGAAGCUUGCAGGCUACUUGAUGCUCGGGGAGUACUGAGGCAAGAAGCAGUGUCCCGAAAAAGGAAAUCAAAGAACUGGGAAGAUGAGGAUUUUUAUGACAGUGAUGAUGACACCUUCCUCGAUCGAACUGGUGCUGUGGAAAAGAAACGACUGAACAGAAUGAGAAAAGCUGGUAAAAUAGAAGAAAAACCAGAGACUUAUGACUCCUUGGUCACAAAGCUAAAGGAAGCUGAAAAUGAGCUUUCUGAGAUAACAGAGAAGCUGAAGGCUUCAGGGAAAGUCCAGUCCCAGCCAGCAGCUCAAGAUUCCUUGGAUGAAUUCAUGACUGAGAUAAAAUCAGGAUGCACCUUAGACAGUGUGGCACGAAAAAAACUUCACUUACGGUCAUUUGAACUGAAGAAGGAGCAACAGAGACUGAAAGGGUUAAUAAAGCUUGUCAAGCCUGCAGAACUACCUGAGCUGAAGCCCCAGGGUGGGAGUUACAGUCUGAACACAGAGAACAAGCCUAAAAAGAUGAACCUGCCUCUCUUCGGUGCAAUGAAAGGGGGGAGCAAAUUCAAACUGAAAACUGGAAACCUAGGGAAGUUGCCUGUUAAGCGUCCAGACAUCCCUGAAAGCUUGUUAAAAAUGAAAGAUGAUGGACCAGAAGAGGAGGAGGAGGAGGAGGAGGAAGAGGAAGAAAUGGAAGAGCAGCAAGAAGGAGAUGCAGUAAACAGCAGAGCAUCAAAGCUGGAAAUGAAAACGACAACAGAGGAAGAAACAGGAAAAGAGACUAAUGCUCCUGAUAGUUCUCCUUGCAAUAACAAGAAUCUAGAAUCCCUUCAGGAUGGGGUUGAUUUUUGGCCUGAGCCAAAGGUACUGAGGAAUGAAUCUCAGAUGGGACCUUCACAAGAGAAAUCUCAAGUAUCCAAGGCAGUAAAUAAGGAACCUGAAGAAACAUCUGAGCAAGUUAAGAAAACCAAUAGCUCAAGGAAGGUUCAACAACCUUUUUUUUCCUCACAGUACCCAGAUGAUGACCCAGACUACUGCAUAUGGAUUCCUCCUGCAGGUCAAAGCGGUGAUGGCAAGACUCAUCUCAAUGAAAAAUACGGAUAUUAAGCUUCAAGUGCACCAGAGGACGUCUGAGGUUUGAAAGACUACUUUGGAUUCCUUCACUACAUGUGAAGUGAGGGAUAAGAGAGUUGGUUUUUCAGAUGCUGUUUCAAACUCAAGGACAUCAGCAGCUGCUCUGGCUCUUAGCUCUCCCCGUGUGUCCUUUGUUUGUCUUUCAGAUACUUCCUUAAAGAAAAAGCCCACACGUUGUUCUGCUUCUUUUUCCACUUUUUAGCCUUGUAUUUUUUAUUUGGUUUGAAACUGUAGGAUCAUUUUCUCUUUUGUAAAUAAAAGUAUGCAAAAAAUAUUAAAAGAAUACACCUUGGUGUACUUACAGGCUUGAUAAAAUUUAUUCAUGUUGGGUUUAUGCAAUUAAAAUAAGAAACACUACUGA